CUCAGUGGUUCAGACCUGGUUCAGUCCUGGUUUUCGUCCUAGUUCUUCUUGGAGUUUGGAUCUUGGUCCAGGGCAGUUGUUCAGGGAUGCUGUCUGCAGACUCCGCCCCUCCCUCAGUGAUCUCUGACCCCAGGCAUAUUGCCAUGGAGACGUACUGGAGGGAGGUGCAGAGCAUCGAGGAAGAGGAAGAGGAGGAAGAAGAGAGGAAAAGUCUGGAUGAGCUGGAGCUGGAGGAGGCGUGGCUGGUCCAGUCCGGUUUGUCAGUUCUGACUCAGGACCGAGAUCAGGAUUUGGACCAGGAUCUGGACCAAGAUCUAGACCAGCAUUCUGAAGACCUCAAGGACGCAGGUUGCUCGGGGCCUGUGGAGGCGCUGUUGUCCACUUUAACGCGACGGCAAACUGACACCGUGCGGCGCCGACUAGACAACUACACCCAAACACUACGGCAACGCAACCGAGCAAUCAGAGAUGUGCGACACAUUUUCACACAGACUGACUCAGACUCUGAUUCGUCUCCGCUUCCAUGCGAGUCUCCAAAACGAUUCCACACAACAACCCGGACUAUCCGCCGCCACAAUGCACGAGAUCCACCCACUCUGGCUCAGACACCGCCCCCUGAGCCCAGCAGAGCUCCUGAUUGGCUGUUCAAGAACACUCCUUACUCAGAGGGCGUGGCUGAGCACAGAAGGAACGGGGCCUGUCCAGAUUGCGUGUGUUUCCAUGACGACGCUAACAAAGCCAGCGAGGAGAAGGAGCCUGAGAUCUGGUUCAGUCUGGACUCUGGUCUUUCUACGGUGGAGGACUUUUCUGAACCGGACCUGAGGAACAUUGGGUUUAUCUCUCACAUCGAGCUGCACACAUUUCUGCAGAGUCUGGGCCAGAACCCAACCAAGACCCGGGGCCAGAACACGCCCAAGAUCGGAGUCCAGAGGAGGACCAAAGACAGUGGUGUGUUUGGUGUUUCUCUGAAGACUCUUCUGGAGAGCGACCGCAGAAAGUGUCCUGGGACCAGGACUCCUUUGGUCUUCAACAAGCUGCUGAGCGUCCUGGAGCUGACCGGACUUCAGACCGAAGGAAUACUCAGAAUCUCAGGCUCCGCCUCCAGACUCAAGUCUUUGCGCAGGGACUUGGACCGGUGCAGCUCGGACUUUGAGUGGUCUGGUCUCAGACCCGUGGAUGCGGCUGGACUCCUGAAACUCUUCAUCAGAGAAUUGCCCUCCCCCCUUCUCCUCACGCACCCCCACACACUCAGGGCCAUCAUGGGUCUUGAGUCUGAGCUCCAUCAAGUUCAGUCUCUGCAGCUGCUGAGUCUGAGUCUGCCAGAGUCCCAUCGUAACACACUGCAGGCACUUCUGGUGUUCCUUGCUCGCGUGGCGGCCAAUCAGGAGCAGAAUCGGAUGUCUUUGUGGAAUGUUUCCAUGGUGAUGGCGCCAAACCUGCUCCCCGACAACCGCAGACAAGAAGUGACACGAGCAGCGGCACAGGAAAUGGAGGAAGCGGUGGGCGGGGCUAAGCUUGUCUGCCUGCUCAUUCGACACCGCUCCCUCAUGUGGACAGUGCCCUGCUUCCUAUUGACUCAGGUGCGACAGAUGAACCAGGCAUCCAAUCAGAGGAGCCGGAGGCGGCUGCGCAGACACGCGCCCCAGGAGCACGCCGUGCCCUCCCUUUGUGAUGAUGUCAUCAGAGUGCGAGCCCCACUGCAGCUCAAGGUCUCCACGGCGAUGAAGCUUGACACCACAACAACGGCGCGUGAUGUAACUGAGCGCUUCCCCCACGAUGCCCACAGUGGAGCGUCUCUGAGGCUGUACGAGGUCGGAGGAAACAUUGGAGAGCGCCGUCUGCAUCCUGACUGUUUUCUAUUGGACGUGUACAGACUGAACCCAGGCUGUGAUUGGCUGAUAAAGCCCUGA